AUUAACCCCAACUUUGACUUAUAAAUGAAUUUGAAAUUGUAAAUAAACAAACUAUUCAAACUUUGAAACCUUACCUUAGAGAUGAAGGAGAAAUUUGAAUUGAAGGAAUCAUUUAUCUGUAUAACUUUAUCUGAAAUGACUUAAAAUCAUGAAUGUAAAACAAAAGACUCUAUUUGAAAGUUGGAAUAAAAGUUCUCAAAGCGCCUCAACUUCUAAUGAUGAUAAGGCUGUUUUGACGUCUCUUAAAACUCACAAUUUGAUAACUACAUGUUUUAGCCCCGACAACCAAAAUGCUUUUCAGACUCCUUCCACAUCCAAAAGAGAUCCGCUGCUGGAUUCUUUUGGAUUUGAUGCAGAUGCUGGCAAAACAUGGAUUUACCCCACCAACUACCCUGUGAGAGAUUAUCAGUUCUCGAUUGUGCAAGAAGCGUUGUUCAAGAACACUCUAGUUAUACUUCCUACUGGUUUGGGGAAAACUUUCAUCGCUGCUGUUGUCAUGUUCAACAUUUACAGGUGGUACCCAAAAGGAAAGGUCAUCUUCAUGGCACCCACGAGGCCCUUGGUGGCGCAACAAAUAGAUGCCUGCUUUAAGAUUACUGGAAUUUCUAAAGAAGAUACUACUCAGAUGACUGGAGCGACUCAGCCAGAGGAGAGAAAGCGGUUGUGGUUGAGAAAGAGGGUUUUCUUUUUGACACCUCAAGUACUCUGCAAUGACAUUGCAAGAAACAUUUGCCCAGCUGCAAAUAUUAAAUGCAUUGUGAUAGAUGAAGCCCACAAAUCACUGGGUAACCAUGCAUACUGUCAGGUGAUUCAAGAGGUUCAGGCUUUUACUUCUCAAUUCCGUGUUUUGGCUUUAACAGCUACUCCGGGGGGAGAUAUACAGGCUGUGAAGUUGGUGUUGUCCAAUCUUCUCAUCUCUCAUGUUGAGUUGAGAACAGAAGACAGUGAAGACGUGAAGCAGUACACACACAUCCGUGACAUAGAAAAGAUUGUGAUUCCUCUUGGUGACCAACUCAAUGAAGUUAAAAGCAGGUUUUUAGAUAUCAUCAAUAUCUAUUUGAAGAGGCUGACUCAAAGGGGUGUGAUUUCAUCUCGUAACCCGACAUCUUUAACAAAAUUUCAAAUUCUGAAAAUGAGAGAGGAUUUCGCUCAACACCCUCCUUCCUCCAUCGAUAAGUUCACUUUCGGUCUUUCGAUGGCCGACUUUUCGCUGCUGAUUAGUUUGUAUCAUGCAUAUGAACUGCUGCUACUUCAUGGUGCGAGACAGUUUUAUAACUUUCUAACAGGAAUAUUAAAUGGAGAAAAAUCUAUUCCUCAUGCCAGAGCUGAGUUGCAAAAAAACGAGGAAUUUGAAAGAUUAAUGUCUGACGUUCAAGAAAACUAUAUUCCAGAUCCAGUUCCAGAUGGAAAUAUAAGUGUUUUCAAAAGAACACUUCCAGGUCACCCCAAGCUUAAGAAGCUACUUGAAGUUGUUUUAAAUCAUUUUAGAACCAUAGAUGAUAAGAACACAAGAGUGAUGAUAUUUUCUCAGUAUCGAGACAGUGUUCACGAAAUUGUAGACAUGUUAAACCUUCAUCAGCCCAUGGUCAAGUGUAUGAGUUUUAUUGGACAAGCUUCUAAAUCAGCCACCAGUGCUGGAAUUUCACAAAAGCAGCAACUGAAAGUUUUGGAGCAAUUUCGCUCUGGUGGUUACAAUACUCUUGUGUCCACCUGCGUGGGAGAGGAAGGUCUAGAUAUAGGAGAGGUAGAUUUGAUUGUUUGCUAUGAUUGUCCCAAGUCACCUAUUCGCCUUGUUCAGAGGAUGGGUCGUACAGGCAGGCUUAGAAAAGGCAGAAUUGUUAUUUUGAUUGGUGAAGGCAAAGAAGAAAAGAUGUUGAGUAGCUGUGAAGGAAAGAAGAAAUCAGUGCAGAAGGCCAUUAUGAAGGGAUUUACUUUUGGACAAAUGUUCUACAAAAGUCCCUCCCUCAUAACCAGUGACAGAAAACCAACCUGUGUAAAGAUGGUCAUCACUCCUCCUGACAUUAAAAAAGAAGAGUCUAGAGGGAAAUCUGCCGUAGGUGCCUACUUAAGUAAAGAGGAAUUAGCAGAGUAUAAUUUAUUUUACAAAAUUACAAAAUCUAACUCCUGUCUUUUACCAAAGUCAAAAUUUCUUUGCCUGAAAACUAAUGAUGAUGAACAGGAAAGAGAACCCAUUUUUUCUCUGUCUAAAUGGUCUUUGUGGCAAACAAGACCCCAGAGAAUACACAACGUAACACAUUCUUCUAAAACAUUGUUAUUUUCUACAACUAUAGAAGAAAUAAAUUUUCCCACCCAUUCAAAAAUGGAAACUGAUCAGGAAAUCGAUGGUUCAUCCCGUUGUGGCAUUGGAAGCCCAGUUUUUGUGGACCUUUGUGAUGACGACAACUUCUUUGAUCCUGUGGUGCCGGUUUCUUCUCCCCCUGAAAACAUUAAUUUUCAGGUAGAAGGGGAGCUCAAUCAGUUAGAGAAUAAUAGACAGUCAAGAAAUCUUCUCUCAAGGCUGUUUGGCAUAACCUCUGCUUCACCACCACCUACUAAAACUGCAAUACUUAAUAUUGAAAAACCCCCUAAUAUUAAAGAUCUGCAACUUUCUGCCGGCAACAUUUCACUUGAUUUUAAACCUUUAGCUGAGAGAGAAAGGAAAAUGAUUUCCACGUUGCACAUUUUGAAUAAGAAAAUGAAAGCUCAGUUGAAGAAGAAAACAAAGGAGUUGGAUUUGAAAUUUUCUAUUUCAGUCAUAAAAGAAAAUUUUAAUGAAUCUUUAUUUUUUAUGACCAGGCCAGAUGUGGAGUCUACUAAAAAUAGUCUUCAAGUUGAUGGAAAUAAGUUUCCUUUUACCAACCAUAAUCCACCGAUUGCUUCAUUUAAUAUUUUCUUCAGCCCUUCACCUCCUCACAAUUUUUCUAUGAAGGACUUCAAUAAUACUUCACCCCUCCUUGCACAGAAGCUUACAUUUUCACCAAAUAAUUUUAGCAGCUCACCACUUCUCGAUGAAGAUUUUACUGUUCCAUUGAUUGAAGCUAAACAUUAUGUUUCUCCUGCUAUGAAGCAGACUUCUGCCCUGCGUAUUUUAGCCCCUUUUGAGAAACAGACCUCCCCAUUGAAACAAACCAAUAAUUUUGAAACUGCUUUUGAAAAACAUAUUUCUCCUUUGAAAGUUUUAUCUUCUCCUGAAAAACUAACUUCACCACUAAAAAAGGUUAGUUUUCAACCUCCUGCUGAGAAACUCACUUCAUCACUAAAAGAGAUCAAUAAUUAUCUACCUCUUGCCGAGAGAAUCACUUCACCACUUAAAGAGACCCAUAGUUUUCAACCUCCUGCUGAGAAACACACUUCACCACUAAAAGAGGGUUAUCCUGCUGAAAGACAUACUUUUUCUGUAAAACAUUCCACUGAUUCUCCUGAGGCAUUGAAAUUUGAUGUUAGUUUUGAUAUGUUUCAAAAUAACAGCUUCUUCAAAGAUGAUUUUGAAAAUCUAAAUGAGGUUGCAAUGAAUAACACACCAGCAAAAACUGAAAUAAAUAAAGAUGUAUCUGUUAUUCUGGAUCAGUUGUCUUCAAAUCAUAAGCUUCCCUCCAACUCCUUUGAAAGCUCACUUACUCAACCUCUGACUGUCAAAAAGGUUGUCCUCGAAAAAGAAUACAAAAAGGAUUGUAAAAUUGAUUCCUUGAGUUCUGUUUCUAGAACAGAUUUUAAGAACCAAAUGAAAAAUACUAAAUCUCUCAACACAAACAAUCAUAAAAAUUCCACAAAAUGCAAUGCUGAUAAAAGCAUUUCACCUGUAGCUGAAACAGUUUCUCAGACUGGUAUUAGAAACAAGAGUACACUACAAUCUGUAGUGGAAAAAAGAAACAAUUCAGAAACCACUGAAUACUCAUUAACUCAAAUGUUGUCGUUUAUUGAUAGUACAGAAAAAUUUGAAUCGUUGAAAAAUAAUAGUAAUAAUAAACCUAUGGGAGAAAAUAUUAUAGAAGUCAAUUUGUUUGAAAGCUCAGAUGAAGAAAUCGAACCCACUCCUCCGAAGGAAAGUGCGUCUCGAUUCCUAUAUCGCAAUAACAGUUUGAAUGAGGACUCUAAUUCCAUGCAAGUGUGUGAUUCCAAGGAGGAAAUGGAUGAUUGUAACAAAGCAUUUUGUGAGAAAUUAUCCUUUGAUUUGUCUGACAUCAAAUUUUCAUCUUUUGAUGAAAGGGGUUCUGCCGACAUAUCGACUGAAAAGACUACUCACGAGACUGUGUUGUCUCCAGAUUGCAUAGACAAGCUAUUUUUCGAUAUUUCUUUUGAUCAAGCAGACGAAGAAACUGGAAUGCAUCAUUCUGUUGAGGAUCUUAAUAAGUUGAAACCUGGGGAUGAUAUUGUGCAAGUUCUUCCAUUGAGUCACAAGCUUGAAGAAGGUAAAAUCUUUCUAAAAAAAGAGGUUGAUUUUGCGCAAUCAACAGAAUUAGUUUCAAAUCAGGAUCCAUUUAAGAAACUCUUUAAAACUGUAAAUGAAAAAUGUUCCAUUGCAGACAGUCAUUUCCCCCCUUCAGAUAAUAACAAAUCCAACAAUAAAAUAAAUAAGCAUGAGUUAAUUGAAUUUUCCCAGCAUUUGUCCUCUUGUGACACAAGAGUUGCAACAAAGGCAUCGCUUAGAUUUUCAUUAUCCAAGACUUCAAAUGUCACAUCAAAACAGACUGAGCACUGCAAGUUAUCUACAGAAAAAUUUUCCAUUUCUAGUAACAAUACAAAAUGUAACUUGACUUUUCUCUCUUCAAAUAAUGGAGAACUUUACUUAAAAACCAACGAGGCUACAAACCUAAUUAAACCUAACAAUUUUUCAGAGUCUCUGUCUUCUUGUGGAGGUGAACUUGUUCCAAAAACUCUGUUUGAGCCAUCGACAUUUUCGAAACAAAAUAAUUUCACGUUUAAAAAGCCACCCAGUUGCAAAUUGACUUCAGAAAAAUAUCUCCUUACAAUUGACAAUAAGAAAAUGGAUCUGAAUCUUCACCCUUCAAAUCAUGAAAAAUUUGAAGACAUAAUUGAUGAGCCUAAAUCUAUUAAACGUUCAGACUCUUUGACCUUUUUUGACAGCAGAACUGCAGCAUCAACUUCUUCGAGAAAAGAUAAUUUCACAUUUAAACAGCCUACAGGCUACAAAUUAUCUAAACGUAAACAAAAUCAGAAUUUCCAAGUACAAUCAAAGCAUUCUGUUAAUACGGCCCCAAAAGUUUCUCGAAGUGCACAGAAGAAAACUAUUCAGGUGACUUUGCCAAAGUCAAGUCAAAAUGAAUUCGAAGAUUUUGAUUUUAAGAAAUUGAAACAAUCCGCUUCUUUUCUAUCUGAGUCUGCAUUAAAAAGGCAGCACUCUGCAAGUGAGGAUUCAUCACCUGAAAAAAUAAAAUCGUCUGCCAUUAAAAAGCGGAAAGUAAAAAAGAAAUACAAUUUAAUUCUCUCCCAAGCUGAUGUUUCUGGAUCAGAUUCUUCAGAUGGGAAUGAUGAAGAGAACUUCGAAGAAGAGUGCAUGGAAGAAAGUUUUAUUGAUGACGCGAGUGUCAGGGAAAAUUCACCCAAUCAGCGAGCCAUGUACUUGCAAUCCAUUAAAAACUGUGCUGGUUUGCCCCAGAGGUUUAAACUGAAGAUGGACGUUGAUGUACCAAUCUCCUCUCAUUUAGAGCAAAGUGAUUACAUGUUUGACAGCUUUUGCGUUGGUGAUGAGGACGUACAGUUUUGCAGUUCCGAAGAAGAAAAAGUGGAAACAAAGAAAGUAGGGAAGAAACGAAAGCGCAUUUUGACAAUGGAUGACAGUUCUUCUAGUGAUGAUGACUUUGUAAGAAAGAUAUCUGGCGAUAAAUCUGUUUUUGAGCAAAUAGAGAAACCAAUCGGAAAAAAAAGUAAUUUUGUACUUAGUUCAGAUGAAGAAAUUGUAAUGGAAAACAGAUUGAUUGAAAAAAGUAAAAAAGUACCCAGUAAUGAGAAAUUUUAUAGUAUAACGCUGGGUGAGGACUCAUCCGAUGAAGAUGAUGAUUUUGUGACGAAGAUAUCUAGUAAUAAUAACUCUUUUCUCAAUCAAAAAUGCAGAAAAAGCGAAGAAAGUAUUUCGUCCUUUUGUUCAGAUAAAUUAAACGUUAUGGAAAAUAGAAUUGACGAUUUAGUGGGAAAAGAUAAAGACACUUUCAAUAAUGCAAAUAAAAUGGUGACACCUAUAAAAAAUAGUAACAAUUCUGAUACAGUAAAGGUUGAUCAACAGGAAACGGAAGUAGAGAACAAUUUCAAUUUUAGUUUUGAUGUUAAUUGGAAUGAUGAUUUUCUUGAUGCGUUCCAAUCAGAACAGAAGCAAAAUGUAGAAAGUUCUUUUAAGGGUGCUAGUCGUGUCGAACCAAGCACCAGUUCUUGUUACAACUCUGUCUCUAGAUUCAAAAUGCAAAACUCUGUAUCUGACGAAACCUGCAAUUUAAGCGCUUACACAUCCGGAAUGCAUGGACAUGCAAAAUCUGUUGACAAAGCAUCGGAUUCUGCGUUGUGUGAGAAAGUAAACUUUCCCGAUCGCCCUAUGAUUCUAGUCGACUCUAAAGAACUGGCGGGCGGAAAGCCAAUUAUUUCAUUGUUGAGGAAUAAAUACGGUGUGAAUCCAGUCGUCAUGCAACUCACCUCUGCAGAUUACGUCAUCAGCAACAGACUAGCUGUAGAACGAAUUUUAGACACUGAGUUUUCUGCCUCCAAUAUGCCUGUCAAAGUGACAGAUAAAGUGAAACUCAUGUGCGAUGCUUUCGAGAAGUCCUUUGUCAUCAUACAGACAGAUUGUAGGAAGCGGGUGUCGAGUUUUAACAAGCUGAGUUCUAAAUACUUGCAAUUCAGUUUGCAUGUGAAUCUCCAUCCAUCCGCUCGAGUUCUGUUCUCGUGUUCUUUCGAGGAAAGUGCGAGUCUCCUGUCAGACAUUAUACUGAAAGAGCAAAGAAAUGGCUUCCUCAUUGACGUACCAGUUGUUCUCAAUCCCUCCACUCAGCUCUUGUUUGAUUUUUAUCAUAGCUGCCCUCACGUUACCCCCAUCUGCGCCCUCCGCUUUGCCUACCACUUUCCUGUAGUGGGCAUGUUUUUGAACAAUUCUGUGGAAAGUUUGAAGAAAGCUGGUUCUAUAUCCACUCGAAAAGCCAUUUCCAUUUUAGAAUACUUCAAAAGUGAAAUUCUGUUCGAUGCUUAUUCUUGAUAAAUGUUUUGUGCUAGACUUUUGCAUUUCAGAAUUUUCUAUUAUUCUUAUGCAAUUGAAUUAUUAAUAACGCAUUUUUUAAAUAUUACUUAAUGGGGAUUUGUGAUUUGCUUAUUUUUGCUGACUACAGAGCAAUGCUUGCCUGAGACUUAAAAAGCAAAAAAUUGCAAAUGGAAAAAUUAAAAAAAAUUGGACUAAAGUGUGCAAGGAAAGAUAAAGUUGGGAAAAAUUUUUUUGAGUAGUUUCAGAGGUCAAGAAAUCUUUUAAUACAGAAAGAAAACCCAAAAAGUUCUUAAAAAAAUUGUGUUCAAAAUUUUAUGAAAUGAAUUAAUGUAAAUUUUGUUUUGCGCUUUUUUUAAAAAAAUUCAAAUAAAAUUUAGUUUUAUUUGAAUUUAAUCCUAAUAUUAGCAGUCAAAGAGAAAGCAAAAGCCGAGGUUUACAACUUUCUUGGGCAAGCACGGUUUGUGAUUUACUGGCAAAGGGGUGAGUUCAAAGUUGCCCUAAACAAAUAUUUGAACAGUCCUAGAAGAUGUCUAUUUUUUUAUUAUCCACAUUGAUCAGAAAAUCAUAGAGACAUUUAAGAAAAUUGUUCAGAGAUAAAAUAUUAUUUUUAUAUUUAAAAUUUUAAUUUUGUAUUUUAAUAGUGUUUGUUUAUUUUUAUUUUUUUGCUUAUGAUGAUUUGAAAUCAUUUAUUUAAAAUUUAUCUGUGCAUCAAAAAAAUUAUUUUUUGUUCAUAUUUGAAGCUUUCUUGAUACUGCGAUAAUUAUUGGGAUAAUUAAAUUUCCUCCGUUUAUUUAAAAAGUUUAUUUUUCAAUUAAAAUUAACAACCAAUUAAUAAUGUAUGCCAAAAUGAUUUAAAGAUGAGCGGAAUGUUAAAAUUUACAUAAAAAACAGAGGAAACCGAGUUGCUCACUCAAUAUAAGCAAUUAUUAUUUUUAUGUAUGACUGUUUAUAUUUUUGUUGUUUAAUGUCUAAUAACUUCCAUUAUUAAAUAAAAAAAAAUUAUUAAUUGCA